AUGCCUAGAAGACAAAGAGCUGCUAUUUUACCGACGAAUAUUGCAUUGCUUCAGAACUUGGUGCGGCGUGAUCCGGAAUCCUAUAAAGAGGAGUUUGAGCAGCAAUAUUCACAUUAUGAGUCUCUAAGGGAUAUAUUUCUCUUGAGUCCAUCAUCUGAUGAUGGUGAAGAGUUUGCAGAGUUAAUAGGAUUCGUUUCAGCUGUUUGUCCUUCAUAUCCAAAGGAAACUGAGAGUUUCCCUCAAGAGAUUAGUACUAUCCUCUCCAAAAAUUUUGGCCAACUCUCACCUGCAUUAAGAGCAAAGAUUGUCCAAUGUUUGGUUAUGCUGAGGAACAGGAAUGUCAUCACGCCGGAAUUUCUUUUGCACACAUUAUUUCCGUUGCUAUUUGCAUACACCCCUAAUUCCGAGUCGGGAAGUAAUUCUGGAUUCCACGUUAAAGAAUUGCGCAAUCAGAUAUAUGGAGCCUUGAUCUCGCUAUUGAAAUCAUGUAAUACAGGUACUAAGAAUCAAAAAUUAAAUAGAACAACACAGGCGCUUCUUUUCAAUCUUUUAGAUCAAAAGGAUGGCAAUGGUCUGUGGGCCACAAAGCUAACCAGAGAGUUAUGGCGGAGAGGAAUUUGGGAUGACUCUAGAACAGUCGAAAUUAUGACACAAGCUUGUUUGCAUCCAGAUACAAAGGUGGUAAUAUCGGGUGUGAAAUUUUUCUUGGGCUCUGAUAAAGAACGGGAAGAAGCUAUGCAAGAAGAGAUUGACGAGGAUGAUGAUGAUAUCGAUCCUAAAGCUCUUAUCCAUAAGAUGAAAGUCAAUAGGAAGUCUACCAGAAGAGGAAAGCAGUUUGAGGCUGCAAUAAGGAAGAUAAACAAAAAGAGAUCGUCAAAAAAUACUCCUCAAUUCUUGAACUUUUCCGCUAUUCAGUUGUUGAGAGAUCCUCAGCAGUUUGCCGAAGAUUUAUUUCAAUCGCAUCUUUCAGGCAAAAAUUCUAAACGAUUUACCGUUAACCAGCGAAUCGCAAUCAUGAUAUUAGAUUCAAGAUUGAUUGGUAUGCAUAAAUUGUCAGUUCUGGGUCUCUAUUCAUACUUUUUAAAAUAUCUGAACCCACGACAAAGUAAUGUUACAUUCAUUCUUGGUGCUGCGGCACAGGCAACGCAUGAUUUGGUACCACCGGAAAUCACGAAUACUGUUGUUAAAAGGAUUGCUGAUGAAUUUGUUAGUGAUGGUGUUUCAGCAGAAGUGGCCUCUACUGGUUUGAAUACCAUUCGAGAGAUACUUUCGAGAAACCCAGCCGGAAUUGAUCGGGAUCUUCUUCAAGAUCUUACCGCCUACAAAAGCUCAAAGUCGAAGGCUGUUAUGGCAGCUGCUCGUUCGUUAAUUUCCUUGUAUAGAGAGGUUGCUCCAGAGAUGUUGUCUAAGAAAGACAGGGGUAAAGUCGCUACUAUGGAACUCUCUAAUCGUAAAGGAGAGAACAGCAGUUUGCCAGAAUUUGGUGUUGAGAGAGAUGUUGUUGAAGGAAUACCAGGUUUGGUGCGGCUUGCUGAAUGGAAGCAAAAAGAGGGUUUAUUGGGCAAAGACUCUGCUUGGGAAGAGCCCAAUGAGGAUGAGAAAGAAGAAGAUCUUGGGGCUGAAAUUGAAGGUAAUUGGAUUGACGUGAAGCAAGAUGACAAGCCAUUAAAUAUUGACCUAGGCGAGGGUGAGGUUGAGGAAGCAGAAAAUGGAAAAACGCUGAAAGGAAUCAAGAAGAAGUAUCUGAAAUACAUGCUGAAGAGCAAAAAUAGGAAGAAAAGAGAGCUUGAAGAUGAGGAUUCAGAUUUGGAGUUGUCGGAUGAUAAUAAUGAUGAUAAUGAAAGUAAGUCGAAUCCUUCGAAGAGGCAAAAGCGGGUUGGAGAUGAUAAAGGAAAUUCUGAGAAAAAGAAAGCAUUGGAGACUUUGAUGUCUACAGUCUUAACACCAGCAGACUUUGAAAAGCUUAAAGAAUUGAAUGAAGAAGCUGGUAUUCAGAAGGAGAUGGGUUUGCAUAGAGUCAAUGAAGAUACUAUUGAUUCAAACGAUUUGGUUGGUUAUGAUAAGCAUAAGCAAACCAAGGAAGAGAGAUUACAGUCUGUUAUGGAAGGAAGAGAAGGAAGGGAGAAGUUUGGAUCUGGAAAGGGUAAAAUUAUGAGACCACAUUCCAGUACUAAUAAGCAGAAGGCUAGAAAGAAGAACUUCAUGAUGAUGGUUCAUAACCGUGGAGUUCAAGGUAAAAAGAAAAUGAGCUUAAGGCAGAAACAAAGGGUAUUACGUGCCCACAUCAAGAGGCAAAAACGUGGAUAUUGA